AUGGUGUGGUAUGGCCAAUGCAUUCCAAGACACUCUUUUCAUCUUUGGUUAGUUCUCAAGAAUAAGCUGAAGACUCAAGACAGAUUAGCAGUAUGGGAAGCGGGGAGUGAAACGAAUUUACGUCUUAUGUGCUGUCCACUUUGCAACUAUGGGCGAGACUCAAGAGACCAUCUUUUCUUUCAAUGCACUUAUGCGGCCAAGAUUUGGAGCAUUGUUAAACGAAAGGUUGAUAUGGUAGAUGUAAACGAUUCAUGGAGCUCAAUAAUGGUGUGGAUAGAGCUGAACGCGAAUUCAAAGAAACUGGAACACAUUGUUUGCAAGCUUUUGGUAGCGGCGUCGACUUAUUUUAUAUGGAAAGAACGGAAUAAUCGGCUGUUCUCCAACAUCUACAGGAAGGAAGAGAUGGUGGCUCAGAUUAUCUUGGACAUGGUUCGACUUCAUAUUAUGGGGUUCAAGGUCGGAAGAGAUGUGAAGUAUAGGAAGCUGUUGGAAACAUGGGGAGUAAAAGAAGAUGAACCGGGCUAA